CCUAUAGGGACAGCAUGGUAACUGAAAAUUCUUUUCCACUUUAGGCUUUGGAGGGCAAGGAAUCUUAUUAUCUUAAUCUAUGACACUUACGUAGUGCUUCAGAUCGUGGCAAGUGGCUUAUAUGGGGAGCUUCCUCUUUGCUUUUUUUCACACAACCAGGCCUUACCUGUUACAUGGCAUAGAGACCCGAACAUAUUCUCAUAAUGGUGGUUAGUAUAUUGUACGGAAAAGAUGUGACGAGACAGUGAGUUUAGGCUGUCAAAUAUUGUUAUCUAUUUUUAAUAAGAGGGCCAUGAAAGCAACUUAUCAAAUGUAGACAUGAAGAGAUCUACAAAAUAGUCUUCUUACUUUCUUCUAAGUUGUUGCUACUUGCUAGUAUCCUUAAUAGCUUAGUAGGCGUGUGAAAGAGAUGGGGAAGACAGGGAAAUGGCUUAGAAACUUGUUGACAGGUAAGAAGGACAAGGAAAAGGAGAAGGAAAAAUCUACAACCAACCUGAAUUCUUCUUCAAAUGGAACAGAAAAUUCAACCACUCCAAUUUCCACAACCCCAAAGGAGAAGAAGCGAUGGAGUUUUAGAAGAUCAUCAGCCUCAGCCGCUGCUACAGCCACAGCCACACCAACAACAGUUUCCAAGGAAUUGAAUUUUGUAGAAUCAAAUGUCACUGCUUCACAAACAGCGCAAACUGACAUUGAUAUUCAGAAUGAGCAGAAGAAGCAUGCCAUGGCUGUGGCUGGGGCUGCUGCAGUGGCAGCUGAUGCUGCAGUGGCAGCUGCUCAGGCUGUAGCUGCUGUGAUCCGUUUGACUUCUGCUUCCAAUGGAACAUCAAAAAGCAUUGAAGAAGCUGCUGCCAUUAAAAUCCAAUCUGCCUUUCGCUCUCACCUGGCAAGAAAAGCAUUGUGUGCUCUUAGAGGAUUAGUGAAGUUGCAGGCACUAGUAAGGGGUCACUUGGUGAGAAAACAGGCCAAGGCAACAUUGAGAUGCAUGCAGGCUUUGGUGACAGCACAAGCCAGAGCUCGUGCUCAAAGGGUCCGAACAGGGUCAGAAGGAAAGCCUAAUCAAAAGCAACCAAUGCACAGAAAUGCCGCAGAGGAUGAUUUGUUCAGGCGCAUGUAUAAUGAAAUGGACAGAAACUUGGAAGAUAACAUCAAGAUUGUAGAGAUGGAUGUUUGUGAACCAAAAGGUAACUCCAGAAGCAGAAGCAGCGGUGUGUAUCAUCAUGGACAUCACAAGCAGUCUGACCAUAGAUAUUCCACACAUUAUUCAACAAAUGGUUCAUAUUCAAAGGAAGAAAACUACAAGGUAUCACCAGCUCCAUCAGCAUUGACAGAGUUGAGUCCAAGAGCCUGCAGUGGCCAUUUUGAGGACUGUUUCAGCACAGCACAAAGCAGUCCACAGUUCUACUCUGCUGUGUCAAGAACAGACGAUUCAAAGCACCCUUUUGCUUUCCCUAGGCCAGCUUAUGCAGAAUCCAUGUCCUAUGACUACCCUUUGUUCCCAAAUUACAUGGCUAACACUGAAUCAUCAAGAGCCAAAGUCAGAUCACAUAGUGCACCAAAACAAAGACCAGAUUCAUUUGAGAGGCAACCAAGCCGGCGAAGAGUUUCGGUUGAGGGAAGAAACGUCCCAAGGCCAAUGAGGAUGCAAAGGUCAUCUUCACAUGUGGGUGCCACUGCCCAUAACUACCAAUAUCCUUGGUCGAUCAAACUUGAUAGAUCCGCAGUUUCACUCAAAGACAGCGAGUGUGGCUCUACAAGUACAGUGCUCACUAACACUAAUUAUUGCAGGUCUCUUGUUGCAUAUGACCCACGUGGAGAUAGGUACUGACUAUUGAGGAUGCACCUUGUGCAACACCAAAUAGAAGCCACUUUUCAAGAACACAAAAAUCUGGAGUUGAGAGUUUCAGGUUGCUGAGUUUUCCUCCUUUAAGAUUAAUAACUCUGCUUUCACAAUAUAGAGUUGUUGAUAGAUUUAUUAAAGUCCAUUCAUCGUAGACUUUCUGCUUCUAUUCAUUGUUUGCCAAGUUUGUGAAUUACUUUGUAAUAAAACACAGUAACGGUUUAUGUUUUGUAUAAAUUUUACCAAGUGAGAUAUUA